AAUUUUUUUACAAUAACUAAAAUUGUUCAGUUUUUGGCGUUUACUACAAUCGGAAUGAUUUCGAGCAUUUUCCUUGUUUUAUUUUAUCUCACAAACUUAUCAUUUUGCGAUGAACGCAGCCCAAGAGUAAAGAGAAUAGUUGGAGGAAUUCCUGCCGCCGAACCGCCAUCAGACGAUCCUACUAUAUUUACAAAUUUUGCGGGUAGAUCAGCCCGAGUACAAGGAGUGAUCGAUUAUCCCCAUUAUGUCUUUAGAGGCAUCAAAUAUGCUUAUCCGCCUACAGGAAAAAAUCGGUUCUUGAGGCCGAGGGAAAAAUUGUUAGAUGGUUUAAUUAACGCUACAUAUUAUGCGCCUCCUUGUAUACAGCCACGGCCUGGAACAGAUCAAGUUAUUGGCAGUGAAGACUGUUUAGCUCUUAAUGUCUUUACUCCUGAACUGCCAACAGGAACAGAGGGUAUACCAGCUGGUGUAAUAGCAAUGUCUGGAACAGCAGUUUCCAGCUGGGCCGUAGACAAUACUCCUCAACAUACAGCUUAUAAUAUAGCUAAGCAAAAUGGAUGUCCCAUUGCUGAUCCUUUGACGAUGGUCAAGUGUCUGCAGACUUUACCACCAGAAUCUAUUAUUCGGAAUUUGAGAAAACUGAUUCCUCUCAAACUUCAAAUUAACCUAAAAGAAAUUAAAGCGAAGUUUGAGGAGAAUUUCCAGAAGGGUAUAGAAAAUCUCGAAAACAUUAUUGGUAAACUAGUUCCUCCCAAUUUCAGUAACUAUGUGAAGCUGAAAACUGGAAAACUCGUCGAGGCUUUGGAUAAAGUAGCUGAUGUAACAAAUGAUGCUUUAUUCAACGUGCCAGCAUUUUUGACAGCGGACACAUGGAGCAUCCAUGGAGCACCUACUUAUCUGUACAGCUUCGACCACUUUGGUAAAAAUAAAAAAGGACAUACAUUCCUUAAAGGUUCGCCACUAGUUGGUAAUGACACCCACUUCGUAGAAUUAAAUGAUACGGUUUCUCAUGGAGACGACUUAGCUUAUCUCUUUGAUGCUUAUGAUGUGGAGGGAAAUCCUUUAGAACACGAUAAUCUCACAGCAGAUGACAUAAAAGUUAGAGAGAUCUUCACGCAGAUGAUAGCAGAUUUUGCAAGAUAUGGAGUUCCCAAAGUUAACGACAAGCCAGCAUCACCGUUUGACGCCAAAAAGAACAAUUUUAUUAAGAUCACAUCAUCGCCCUCCCUCUCCAACAAUUUUAAGUUCUGUGAGAUGGCGCUCUGGUGCAACAUAGCUGAGAGGUUAAAGAGUACUACUUGUGACUUUCUAAAAGCGCUGGAUACCUCCUUUAAAAACAUGCAAAACUUUGUAAAUGGUUUGAAAAAUGCUAACUUGUCACCCGAGAAGAUAGUGGAACAUAUAAAUAUGUUGAAAAACUUAACCGGGCAAGGAAUUAAUAUAUUUAAUCAAACCGGACUCGCUAACUUGUCGCCAGAUAAAGUAUUUAAAGAGAUCAACGAGAAAAUUAAAAAUGUCAGCCUUGGAGUACACAGUUUAUUACCUCCACAUGAACAUAACGGGUUUGAUAUAUUAAAGAUUUUUGACAAAAAGGAUCAAAAAGAUCCAAAACAAAACGGUUUCAAUCUUAUACCGAAUAUAUUCGAAAAGAAGGAUCCUAAUCAAAAUGGUUUCCAUCUUUUACCAAACAUCUUCGAAAAGAAACAAGAAUCAAAACCGCAAUCAGUAAUUACAGGUGGAUUUCUAAAUCUUUUUGAUGUAAAACAAGAUUCCAUGCCGAAACCUCAACAAUCUACUCCAUUCCAGUGCCAAAUUUAUUACCCAAUAUCAAGAUCGAAACACCUGUUACCAGCAAUCCGCCACAAGGUUAGUAUCUUUUAA